AUGAACGAAGCUAAAAUAGUCACUGUUCAAUAUGAGGAAGUUGAUAAUAAUGAGGAAGAGGAUUUGGGCGGAUAUGGGAGGCACCUCCUCGACGGGGACGGGGACAGGGAUUUCCCAAAAAGCCUGAAUCAGGGAUUGGGUCGAGAACGGGGACGGGGAUGGAGAGCUGGAACGGGGAUGAUAUUGCCAUACCCGGUCCCUAAUCAGCCCGUUGCCAUUCCUAAUCUCUAG